AUUCAUAUGCAUUGGGUUGCAUGUCACAAAGCUCGAGUAAAGAGAAGACUGGGAAAAGAUAGACGAGAUGGAUGCUGUUCAAGAAGGAGAGAGAACUCCAGUGCAAUCUAAGAGAAGACGCUUGGCCCACCACAGACACAGAGCUCAGAGUAUCAUCCAGUUUCAAAGCCUCGACCAACUAGAAGAUGAAGUGACACACGGGUACUACGAGACCACCCCAACCAGACAAGGGAGUCGCAAACGUGUCAUUCUCAUCGAAAUCCUCAACGGGUUGUUAUGGUGGAUUUGUUUCGGACAAUUAUCCUGCCUUCUUCAUAGUAAUUCCCCUCUCUCGUUAUGGCAACAGUUCUCACUUAUCGUGUUGAUACUAAUAUUCACUGUAUCGUUUACAUGUCUGAGUAUUCUUAAGAGAGCAUGUCUUAGUCACUUUGGUCUCCUAUUCUUACGAGUCUCUAGUAUCCUAAUACUGGUAUCGGACUGGUUUUAUUUGCCGCUGGUGGGCGGAGUGAUUGGAGGCGUGGCUUGUUUCCUAUCGCUGAUGAGUGGGUUAUGGAAUUUAUCAAUUUUGGACAAGUAAGAGGAAUAGAGGAUAUUGACAGAUUGAAGUGUA